GCUUCACUCGCGGCACGGAAGAUCGCACUUCGGCACGACUUCCGUCUUGGCAGCGAAAAAUUACGAGCGCUGCCGGAAGUCGCGUCGCCGCUCGUUAUUCCCCGCGAGAACGACUCGACGUGGAUAGAGAGAGAGAGAGAGAGAGAGAGAGAGAGAGAGAGAGAGAGAGAGAGAGAGAGAGAGAGAGAGAGAGAGAAAGACAGAGAGAGAGAGAGAGAGGGAAAGAAGUAGUUUCUCUUUUGAAGAACGUCGACGUGCGAAAUCAAUCGAUGUCAAAUCGCCGCGACUUUCGUCGCGCGAAAUUGACGCAAUUCGGCACUGUUUCAUCAACAGACGGCGGCAGAAUGUGAAUCCUGGUGCCUCCUCAUGAGCUACGAGUGCCCACAUCUCCGUCAUAAACGCGUCACGACAUCAGUUGUAAGAGCGAACUUGCGCAAGAGGCGAAUUUGAAGACUCUGAGGAGAGGCUCUCUCGACGGAGAAAGCAGACGGCCGAUCGAGUCAACGAGUUUGCACCGUGACAGCGUCGUAUGCUCGUCCCGUCUCUAUAUUUCAGUAUCUUUUGGUCACGGUAUGGUCGAGGCCAUGUAGAAUGACAAAUAUCCUUAUCUUACUACGCACUGAUCACAGGAUUCGCUGUUGAGAACACGCGUGAACCUACGAAAAGAUUUUUGUGCAUCAGUGACAACAUCCCAAUGACGAGGUAUCGACAAAGGCAAAUAAUCGCGAGUGAGAGAUCAGCCCUGUAAGGAAAAGAGAAAAUCAUCCGGAUCGGAGAAGAUAAUAGUCUUUUUUCCGUUGACACGCAACCGAUACAACACGAUAGAGCAUUUUCUUGUUUCUUGCAAGUCUUUUCGCCAAGUCGCGCUAAACGCGAGGAUGCAAGCUCAUUGAUGUCCUCUUCGUGUCUUCUCGAUGGGAUGCACCGUGGCACGAUGGAUUUCUAACCGCUUGCAAUGAUGGUGGACUUUUAAAGAGGCUUCCGGGAUAGUCCAGAGACGUGAGAUGAUCGGCAAACUUCUGCUGACCUUUUGGAUAUUACGAUGGACCAGUUUUUUCGAUCCCGUUGCGGGUCAGAGGUUCUCGGUCUUCGACGAGAAACAGGAUGAACAGAACGACAUGGAAAUAUUUCGCGCGGUCGUUGAAUCAAUGCAGAAGUGGACAUUGCAGAAAUUGUCUCAUCAUAGGAUAAAGAGGGAUGUGUCAAAAGUCUGCUACGAGGACGUCGGUUGUUUCGAGGACACCGGGCCGUUCAAUUACCUCGAGAUGUUACCGUCACCGCCUAAGGACGUUGGCACCAGAUUCCUCGUAUACGGGAGCAGGAGGGCGAGAUCGAUCCCCAUGGAUGUGCCCGCCGACGAUAUAAACGACAAAGUAAAGCGUGCCAUAGAUCCCAACCUACCGACCAAAGUGAUCGUCCACGGAUUCGGGAGCAAUUGCAAUCACUUGUGGGUGUACGAUAUGAGAUCCGCGCUGAUGAACAUCCAAGACUGCAAUUUAGUUUGCGUCGAUUGGGGCCCUGGCAGCGCCGUGCCAAAUUACGUGAGAGCGGCGGCCAACACGCGACUGGUAGGUCGACAAUUGGCGAAAUUAAUUCGCAGCUUGAACGUACCACUGGAAAAAGUGCACAUGAUAGGAUUCAGUCUGGGUGCUCAUGUGGCGGGAUUCGCCGGGGCUGAACUCGGCAACGUUUCCAGGAUAACCGGACUGGAUCCCGCGGGGCCGCUUUUCGAGUCGCAGGAUCCGAUGGUGCGCUUGGACGCAACGGAUGCGAAUUUCGUGGACGUGAUUCACAGCAACGGUGAGCAGCUGCUCCUCGGCGGACUCGGUUCUUGGCAGCCCAUGGGUCACGUGGACUAUUAUCCGAACGGCGGAAAGAUGCAGAGCGGAUGUUCGAAUAUCUUCUUUGGUGCAGUCACCGACAUCAUCUGGUCGAGCGACGUCGAAGGAAAGUCGCUGUGCAAUCACCGGCGGGCGUACAAGUUCUUCACCGAAUCCGUUAAUCCUAAGUGUCGAUUCCCGGCGUUCCCCUGCGAUAACGGCUAUGAGGGUCUGCUAAAAGGUGACUGCUUCCCUUGCAAUGCUAAUGAUGCGGAUAGACCCUGCGGCGAGAUGGGUUUUUACAGCAACGAGUCGCCCGCUCGAGGCCGACUUUACCUCAUGACGAGAGAUGAGGAGCCUUUCUGCGCAGAUCAGCAUCAGAUCAAGGUGUACAACAGCCGUAGCGAAAGACCCGUCAAGAGCCACGGCAAGCUUCAGAUUACCUUUGUGGGAGAGGACUCUUACAAUGAUACGUUUGCUAUGACACGCAAGGAUGAGGAACUUCUUGUAGGAUCUAUUCUUCAGAAGAUCAUCGUGCCACAUCCAGCGGUUAACAAUCUCGAGGGAAUCGAGAUCAAGUACACGGCGUACAACGGCUGGAUAUCUUCCGGCUUGGAGUCUUGGACCAUCGACAAGGUGAGUAUCAUCGACAGUUUCGGCAAGACCAUGUCGGUCUGCAAAAAAGGAUUGACCUUGGAAUCUGACCGACCGGUUUAUCUACCUCUUUACCCCGGCGAGUGCAACAUUCCCUUGGACGCAGACAACUCUACAUUGCCGCCGUCGACGCCGUCGUACGAGCACGCGGUCGACGAAAAUAAGCAGUCGCAGCAACAGCAACAGCACCAUUACCAGAACAGAGGCAUUGGUCCGUUUACAAAAGAGAAUAAUUACGAUACCAAGGAUGGACACUCCAUAGAGAUCCCACCAUCGGACAAGAACAUGAAAAGGAAGAAUCUCGGUCCGUUCACGAAGGAGCAGAACCUUCGUGUCACUGAUGUUGAGUCGAAUUUCGGCACGACGAGCACUUUUGAAGACACAGCAAAUCGGCGUGGUUCCGGCGCCACGAGUCCGUGGAUCAUGCUGGACAUAUCGAGCGACGGAGACUCCAACUCCUUGGAGAACACUGAACAGGAGCGCGGUAGGGCUUUCUCCGGCGGCGCCAAUCUGGUCUACCACACCUCGACGCCAAUAGAGCACGUCGACGAGACAACCACUGGUGUCACUACCACAGAGCACUUGUCGGAGAUCAGGGAACCAGUGCUACGGCUGAACAAAAAGGAAGUCGGCAGGUCGCUCAAGCUACCCGAGAUCACGGAACCGAUCCUGCGGCCGCGUACCACCCGACAGAAUACGCGGAACGAGGCGGUGCCGUACGAGAGACAGCGCGACGAAAUCCAGGAGACGUCGUCGACCUCGACCAGAGCGUUUACUGUGCAAUUUUUUCCCGAGAGACUGGCGCUCAUUCUGGCACAGGCAGAACAAUACGCCCGAAAUACCCUGUUGCCUUUAAUCUCUCAGUAUACGCCGAGCUUUGUAACCGGUGCGAGACAUGAAGAGCCCAAGUAUUUUCCUCUCUUGACCGAAAUGCUGCGAUCGAGGACUACUACCGAGGCCAGUAAGACGACUAGUCGGCAGAGGAAUGACCAGGUCGCGUGGGUAAACAGUCGACGCAGAUCCGACAAGCUAUUUAAAUUUGAAGACUCGUCCUCGUCGAGCCCGCAGGUGGACAAUGGUGAAAGCGAGCACACUGCGUCGAAAUCCGAGGUGCCGGUGGUAGUUGAAGCAGUGUAUCCGGAGAAGAUGGUAGCAAGCGACAAUUUCAGCAACUUUGAGACGAGUACGAUGCCGGCCGAUACUCGCCGUGAAGACGGUGAUUGGCGGCCCAUCAGCGAGCCGACAACGAUGUCUUCGGAGGAUGUCUCGUCGCGGAGACCUCUGAAUGCCUCGCGAGCGCUCGAUUGGUCAGUGGGCUACAGUCAAGACUGGACUUCGAGAACGGCUGACUCAGGAGCGCAGCUGGCUAAGACUGACGAUUGGGUGCCAAUUACGAUGAAGAGCGACGUUACAACCACGCCAAGCGCAACAUCAAGCGAAGAGACGCCGGUGAGCAAGGAAACUGAAGUCGCUGAGAAAAAAUUUGUCGAAAGCGAGGUUCUCGUCCAGGUCGACGAGAAAGCGACGACAUACGCGAGCACGUACGAGAGGAAAUUUAUACCUCUGGUCGAUUUGGAGGAAAUGUCUGGUCCAUCGCCUUCGUCGGCUGAUUCCAGUGACAUUUCCGAAUCGCGUUCCGAUACCACUACGGUUGCCACGCACAUCCAGAAGAUUCCGCGAUAUAAGGAUGUAAGGACGAAGAGCGGCAGGACGCUGGUGAGGUCCGCGAUGAUGUUUCCGUACGCUUAUGAGCGAAGAAACGAUCCCAGGACCAGGUAUAUACCGUUGAUUCCUGAAGAGGACAUGGGCAAGUCUUACUCGCUCACGGAGAGAGAUCGCUAACGUCGAGCACGUUAUAGACUGCUUAAAAAGUAGGACGCCAACAGUCGCUCAGCGUUGAAACGUUCGCGCCGUUUGUUAACAGUUAGUUCUCCGGCGUGCAGGGUGUUGCAUCUAUAGGUCAGUGAAACAAUUUGCAACGCUUUUUCAUAUUCCCUUUAAUAGCAAAAAUGAGUGUAAACCAAGAAGAUGUUUAAGAAUCAAUGAGAUCCAAUAGAUAUGCUGUUAUUGGCACUUAUAAAUGUUUUCUUAGUUGGAUAUUGUCAGACCGAAAUUCAACCGAAAUUUAUCUAACAUGAUUGUAAACCAUUUUGCAAACGAGUAUGCUGCCAAAUCCUAAUUGAGUCUAUAUCUAAGCACGCACAUCUGCCAGCGAGUAAGCAACCCGUCACUGACCAAUACGUUGAUGCAAGAGCCUGUACAUAUGUUUCUUUCUAACGUGACGGGACUUUCUAAUUCGAUGCUACCAUGAUGACUGAUAGGCCAGAAGGAAUCUGUUACUUCUGCGGCGAUUGUAAUUAAAGCUCGUUGAGAAACGUAGGAUUAAUAGUACAUUGAAAUCACUUUGAUAAAGAUCUGCAUCGGAUAAAGAUCUUUACUAACGGCUUUUCAGUGUUCUUAAAAAUACGGUCAGAUAUAGAUGCUUCUUGAAGAGUAAUAUCGUUGCUCUCGGAUAGUAAAAUGAAUAUAUCACUGUCCGACUCAAGUUAUGCUCCAAAAUCGAAGCUAAGCAAGAAUGACGAGUUGUAUCGCUGAAUUUGGAAAACUAUAUUCGAUUAGGACGGAAUAUAAUUUUCAGUGACAUGUGUUACAAAAUGAAUAUCCCCGUCGCGGAAUUGUGGCAGUUCGUGAUAAUAUAUUAUACGAUAGUUUAACACGUUCACUACCUAGUGUCACGUAUGUGUGAUGUACCAAUCUCUCGACAGACCGACAUCACAUAUAUGUGACUGUGAUAAUUUUCCAUCUUGUCUGCAUAAACAAAUUUAAUGUUUUAAUAUAAAAUGUCUGUUUUAACAUGAAAACAUAUAGAGUGGUUUUAGAAUGUCUGGUCUUCUCUAUCUUGAUUCUGUAACGGACGGUUUUCCAGGUGACCGUGGUAGUGAACGUGUCCUUCGCUGUUGAAUUUUUGAUUGAUGACGUUAGAAGCGAGGAAAUCCAUGUUCAAAAAUUCUGCAAAGUACAUAAAUAAAAAGAUAUAUCCUAGAAAAUAACAAAUAACUAAGCACUCUAAAAUACUCCAAAUAUUUUUCUUUUGCUCUAACAAUCAAAUAACUGCAAAAUUAAUGUAACAAAGCAAUGAGGAAAUGUAGUUUAAAAAGAAAGGUUUCGUGCCACAUUAAUUUUAUUUAUUGAUUUUUCGUUGAUUCAUUAGUUAUUCAUUGGUAGUUACAGCAAAUGGAAAGUAUCCGUAGUCUUUUAAAGGUGUGCUUAAUUGAUUGCAAGUGUUAUUUUCUGAAUAUAUUUUUUUAAAUUGACGUAGUUUGCAGGAAUUUUAUUGUUUCUUAGACUUUGUAUGAAAAUUAAACAUGUGUUUCUUGAUAUAUUACGCGAUAGAAUAGUAUAUAUAAUUUAAAGGGAUUUUUCACAUGCGAUUUGAGUUAAAGUGAAAAACGAGCUCGUGUUUAAUUAAGACUUACUUGCCGUGUCAUCUUGUCAAACCAAAUAACGCUUACCGAACUAAAAAUCUUUGUUCUUUUAUAAGAUUGCAAAUAACAUUAAAAAAUUGCAAAAAAGAUGGCAUUUCUUUUUCUUCAGUGCCAUUAGGAUCGUGCAGACUUAAUGGUGUCAGAGGAGAAAGCUUUGAUAAUUUGUUACUUCCUUUCAGUUUUAGUAAAAAUCGGGAGCCCUUAACUUUAUUACCUCUGUAUAUAGGAAUU